GCCGCGCCCGCUCCCCUCGUUGUCUCCGCCGCGCUGAUUGGCCGCGGCCCCCCAGCAGCCCCCCGCUCCGGAUCCCGCGGCCCCGGAGGUGGCUCCGGACACAGCGCGGUGAGGGGAAGCCCGGGACCCCGGCCAGGUUCUUGAAUGUUCGGAAUCAGUAAUGGAUCCCGGUGGCGGAGGUCUGGACCUGCAAACCCAAGAGGCCAAAAUGCCUCACACCAUGAUAAUGCAGGACUUCGUAACUGGAAUGGCCGGCACCGCGCAUGUCGAUGGCGACCAUAUUGUGGUGUCCGUCCCCGAAGCCGUGUUGGUUUCCGACGUGAUCACGGACGACGAAAUCACCUUGGAACACGAGCUUUCCGAUGACGUGGUCCAGGGUCCGGAUAUUAUAACGGAGGCCGAUGUCGUCACGGAGAGCGUUAUCAUCCCCGAGUCUAUGCUGGAAACGGACGUCGCUAUCGAGGAGGCGUUGGAUGAUGCCCAUCACGUUUUGGAGUCGGACAUUAUCACGGAGACCGUCGCCGUUCCCGACCAAGUGUUUGUGGCCGAUCUGGUGACCGAUCCCGACGGGCAGCUGGAACAUGUGGUUCAGAACUCUUUGUCGGAUCCUCCGUCACCAACAAUGGUUUCGCAAGAGGUUCUUGUGGCAAGCUGCGACUCAGACUCCUUCAUCCAAGCACCCAACAUGCAAGCCACCAGUUCCAACGUUACGAUAAAGACAGAAGAUGAUGACGUCAAGAGUGCAUCUGAAGACUACUUAAUGAUCUCAUUGGACGAUGUCGGGGAGAAGCUGGAGCACAUCGGGAGCGCGCCUCUAAAGAUCAGCACGGAAGUGUCGCACAGGGACGCCUGUAAAGAAGACGCAUUCGGUUCCGAAGUCAUUAAAGUUUACAUAUUUAAAGCGGAGGCGGACGACGACGUGGAAAUCGGAGGGACUGAAAUCGUCACCGAAAGCGACUUUCAUAACGGGCAUCCCGUAGCUGGCGUGAUUGAACAAAGCGGCCUUGGCCGAGUGCAGAGAGAGAAGAUGGUUUAUAUGACAGUAAAGGACUCAUCUCAAGAAGACGAAGAUAUUGGUUGCGCUGAAAUAGCAGACGAAGUUUACAUGGAAGUGAUUGUCGGAGAAGAAGAAGCCUCUUCCCUUCCAGAAGCCCAAAUUGAAGACCCCGGCGUAAACAAAACAUUUGUUCCCGUAGCAUGGGCGGCUGCGUAUGGAGAAGAACGAGAUCUCCCUCGGAAAUUCGGAGACUGGCAAGAAAAUGGAAACAUUAUUGAGUCGCGGGUGGAGGGAAAGACCGGUCCGGCAACCCAGUACCUACAGAUCUGCGACAGCGUUACGGCAAACCGAGCACUUAAACAGAAAACCAAGAAACGGAGAAGAGGCGACCCCAGACAGUGGCAAACAGCUGUCAUCAUCGGACCUGACGGACAGCCGCUGACCGUGUAUCCUUGCCAUAUAUGCGGGAAAAAGUUCAAGUCCAGGGGCUUCUUGAAAAGGCACAUGAAGAAUCACCCCGACCACAUGAUGAAGAAGAAGUACCAGUGUACGGACUGCGAUUUUACGACAAGCAAGAAAGUCAGCUUCCACAACCACCUCGAGAGCCACAAACUGAGCAGUAAGGUGGAGAAACCCCACGAGUUUACCGAAUACACCAGGAGAUACCGCGAGGCGAGCCCGCUGAGCUCCAACAAGCUGAUUCUGCGCGACAAGGAGCCCAAACUUCACAAGUGCAAAUACUGUGACUACGAGACCGCCGAGCAGGGGCUUCUGAACAGGCAUCUGCUGGCGGUCCACAGCAAAAACUUCCCUCACGUGUGCGUGGAAUGCGGCAAGGGAUUCCGUCACCCGUCAGAACUCAAGAAACACAUGCGGACGCACACGGGGGAGAAGCCGUACUCGUGUCACUAUUGCGAGUUCCGGUGCGCAGAUCAGUCCAACUUAAAGACCCACAUAAAAAGCAGGCACGGCACGGACUUGCCCUUUAAGUGUGAACAGUGUCCCCAAGCGUUCACGGACGAGAAGGAACUCCUGCGGCACACGGAGCUCUUCCAGGGUCACAAAACCCACCAGUGUCCCCACUGCGAUCACAAAAGCACCAACUCCAGCGACCUUAAGCGGCACAUUAUAUCCGUCCACACCAAGGAUUUCCCCCAUAAGUGCGAGGUGUGCGAGAAGGGAUUCCACCGGCCUUCCGAGCUAAAGAAACACAGUGAAUCGCACAAAGGCAAAAAGAUCCAUCAGUGCAGACACUGUGACUUUAAGACCUCCGACCCCUUUAUACUCAGUGGGCACAUACUCUCCGUCCACACGAAAGACCUGCCUUUUAAAUGCAAAAAAUGCAAGAGAGGCUUCAGGAUUCAGCCUGAAUUAAAAAAGCACAUGAAAACCCACAGCGGGAAGAAAGUUUACCAGUGCCAGUAUUGUGAGUACAGCACCACGGACGCUUCCGGUUUUAAGAGGCACGUGAUCUCCAUUCACACCAAAGACUAUCCCCACAGGUGUGAGUUUUGCAAAAAGGGAUUCCGUAGGCCUUCCGAAAAAAAUCAGCAUAUAAUGAGACAUCACAAAGAGGCGAUAAUGUAGCUGUUUUGUUGGUUUCUUUGUUUUGAAUCAUGUUGUGAUUGUGUUCAGUUUGCAGGCGGUGGAAUGAUCUCAUGAGAUGUUCUCCUAGUUCUGAUGCCCGUACGGGGCUGGCCAACAGGGGUCCUCCAGGCAACACAGAAACAUAGCAUUUGACGAGCCGAAUGGUUUGGAUAUACUAUCCAACCUGCCUGUUUUCAGUCUGCUCUAUUCUUAUAAUACCAACGUACAAAAAGGUUUAAGACCGACACAAGUGACAGCUGCUUAAUAGCAACAC